AUGGAAAUUGAAUCGACAGAUAUAAUCCGAUUAAUCCUUCAAUUUUUGAAAGAGAAUAACCUUCCGAACAGUUAUGCAGCCUUACAGGAAGAAACUACAAUCGCUCUAAACACCGUCGAAUCUAUAGAAGCCUUUACAAAUGAAAUUAUUCAAGGACAUUGGGAUAUUGUUCUAAAAACAGUUUCCAACCUGAAAAUCCCCCAGCGAAAGCUAAUUGAUCUUUACGAGCAGAUUGUAUUGGAACUUAUAGAAAUGCGUGAGUUGGGUGCGGCAAGGACCUUUUUAAGACAGACCGAUCCAAUGCAGUCCUUGAGGGAUCAUUAUUCUGAACGUUAUUUACAUCUCGAACAUCUCCUUUCUCGGACUUGGUUUGAUUCUAAAGAGGCAUACCCACCUGGAGUGACGAAAGAGAAGAGACGCCAGACCAUUGCCCAAGCUUUGUCCAACGAGGUGACCGUUGUGCCUCCAUCAAGGUUGCUCUCACUUCUUGGACAAUCACUGAAAUGGCAGCAGCAUCAGGGAUUGCUCCCACCGGAUGCUGCCUUUGACCUUUUUAGAGGUUCUACUCUCACGGCAAAAGCGGAAGAUGACGCGGUUCCCACAAAGUGUUAUACUACUAUUAAGUUCCCAAAAAAGCAACACGCGGAAUCAACUGCGUUUUCUCCCGAUGGGCAAUAUUUGGUUAGCGGUAGUGUAGAUGGUUUUAUUGAGAUAUGGAAUUUUUUGACAGGUAAAAUUCGGAAAGACUUUAAAUAUCAAGUGGAGGAUAACCCUAUGAUGAUGGAAGAUCCAGUUUUAUGCUUGAGUUUUAGUCGUGAUAGCGAAAUGCUAGCUUCAGGCGCACAAGAUGGAUGCAUAAAGAUUUGGAAAAUCAGCACAGGUCAUUGUACUCGGAGAUUCUCCCCAGCACAUAGUCAAGGGGUGACAUCAGUAUGUUUUAACCGUGACGGCAGUCAAGUAUUAAGUUCCAGUUUUGAUCAUACUGUUAGGCUCCAUGGACUAAAAUCGGGGAAGACGUUAAAAGAAUUUAGGGGACACACAUCUUUUGUUAACAAUGCAAUAUUCUCGUAUGAUAUGACAAAAAUAAUAAGUGCUAGCAGCGAUGGAACUGUGAAAAUUUGGGAUGUCAAAUCGACAGAGUGUUUACACACGAUAACGCCUCGCGGAGAACAGGCGACUGCGACUAUUUCAGGCGGAGUGACCGUCAAUUGUGUUGUUCAGAUGCCGAAAAACAUGGAUCAAAUUAUAGUAUGCAACAAGAGUUCAACAAUCUUUUUGAUAAAUGUGAGAGGACAGAUUGUUAAAACAUUUACAUCCGAUAAGAAAACUGGUGGUGACUUCUUAAGUUGUACGGUUUCACCACAAGGCGAAUUUAUUUAUUGCGUAGCGGAGGACUCAAAUUUAUAUUGUUUUAAUGUUCAAAAUGGAAAAUUAACAACAACAUUGAAGUUAUCGGAUUCCGAAAUAAUUGGCAUUUCGCACCACUCGUUUUCUAAUAUUUUGGCAACAUACGCAGAUGAUGGUAUCAUUUCCCUUUGGAAACCAUAA